UGUUCACAUUUUUUCCAUAGUGUACAAUUUCUGUUUCCAAGAUGUUAUCGGAUUUUGCUAAUCCGAUAUUUUAUGAUGUGUAUCUUGAAUAUCAUGAUGAUGAUAGUGGACAGCAAUAUCUGUGGGCCGUGCCAGUUUUAAACUUCAAUCUUCAAUACAAUGAAAUGUCUGUGAAUCAAGGUAGCAAUAUGAACAAUUGGCUUUUGACUCGUCGGAUGUUUUUGGUGGAUAGUUUAAGUGGACAAGAGAAUGACUUGGGAAAACAACCAAGAAUUAUUCGAAUUGCUAGCAAAAUAACCAUCAGUAUUCGUCUUAUUCCCAAUACUCAGAGAGGAACUAUCUAUCCCCCUCUAAUUACCAUUGCCUACAAGGAUAUUCUUGUCCAAAACCCAGAUACCCAGAGUGUGAUGGUUUCCUUCUCAGUUAAUUAUGAAAUGAACCAAUCAGAGGCUCAAAUUCAGACAGAUAUUGCACUGGGUGUGCUUGGUGGACUGGCAGUUUUAUGGUCUCUUCUGAAGACUGCUGGCUGGAAGAGGCGGAUAGGGAGCCCUAUAAUUGACUUGCAGACAGUUUUGAAGUUCCUGCUGUUUUAUGCUGGAGACCUUGCCAAUGUUUUCUUUAUCAUCACAGUGGGAACAGGGCUUUACUGGCUUAUUUUCUUCAAAGCACAGCAGUUUGUCUCAGUUCUUUUACCACUUCCAUCUCAAGAAGAGGUUUUCAUUACAUAUGUAGGAUGUGCUUUUGCUCUGAAGGCUCUGCAAUUUUUGCAUAAGCUAUUUUCACAACUUACUAUAGAUGUUUUCUUUAUUGACUGGGAGCGUCCUAAAGGCAAAAUCCUUAAAGCCGUUGAAGGUGAAGGUGGGAUAAAAAGUGCCGCUGCACCUGUGAGCAUAUGGAGGACAUAUUUUAUAGCAAAUGAAUGGAAUGAAAUUCAGACUGUGAGGAAGAUAAAUCCACUCUUUCAAGUGUUUGCAGUUCUUUUCUUCUUGGAGGUUGUUGGAUUUUCAAACCUGGCAUUAAUGGAUUCUUCUUCAAGUCUGAUAAGAAGCAGUGAGAGUUACAUAGCUCCCUGGAGCCGCAUUCUGAGAUUUGGUGUGUCUACUGUCCUCUGGCUAGUCAUUGCCAUGUUACAGAUCAUAUUCUUUGCUGCAUUUUAUGAGAGAUUUGUAGAAGAUAAGAUAAGACAAUUUGUUGAUUUGUGCUCUAUGAGCAAUAUUUCAGUAUUUCUCUUGUCACACAGAUGCUUUGGGUAUUAUAUCCAUGGUCGGUCUGUACAUGGGCACACAGAUACCAAUAUGGAAGAAAUGAAUAUGAACCUAAAGAGAGAAGCGGAAAAUUUGUGUAGUCAGAGAGGUUUAUUACCCAACACAGAUGGCCAGACAUUUCAGAUUUCCAUUUCAAGCAAGAUGAGACAGCAGUAUGAUAGGAUUCAUGAAACCCUAACAAGGAAACGUGGUCCUGCUAGACUUCUAGAUUCAUCUGCAACUACUUUUGAACAGAGUACUAAGGCAUACCAUACCAUGAACAAAUUUCUUGGCUCCUUUAUUGACCAUGUUCAUAAGGAUAUGGAUUAUAUUGUAAAGGACAAGUUGCUGCUUGAACGAAUUAUUGGCAUGGAGUUCAUGGAACCAAUGGAAAAAAGUAUCUUUUACAAUGAUGAAGGACAUUCUUUCAGCGAUGUUCUCUUUUACGGCAAUGAGGCCACACUUCUCAUCUUUGAUAUACUGUUUUUCUCUGUUGUGGAUUUGGCUUCUCAAAGUUUUGUCCUAGCAGCUGUUCUCACAUAUUUGCAACAGGAGAUUUUUAGGUUUAUUCGUAACACUGCUGGGCAGAAGAAUUUGGCAUCUAAAACCUUGGUGGAUGAAAGAUUUCUUAUUUAAUUGACUCAAAAGAUGAAAUACUUUGUACAAGAACUAAUCAUGGAAUGAAACCGUCCUGAGCUACAGAUUAGUCUGCAGUGCUAUAUAAAUAUUAAUGUAAAUCUUUUGACUUUUUUCUUUUUAUAUUGUGCACUAUAAAGUUUUGUUUUUGUAUAACUAUGAAUAGUAAACCAUAUGUCUUGAUACGUGACACUAAGACAGUCAGAAAUUAAGCUGAGUACUGUCAUUAUCAGAAGAUAAAAUCAAUUUAUUGCCUUCAGUGGGGUAUAUGCCAUUUCUUUUUAAGAGAUAAUUUCAGUGCUUCUGCUGCUGAGUGGAGUUAUAAUUUUCCUCAUAUGUAUGUGUUUCCAAAAUAGCUCAAAGAAAUUAGACCUUAUUUUCGGAAUUUACUGUGAAAUACAAUCAAUUGUAUUUCAGGUUCACCACAAGUGAGGAUCUGCCAUGAAUUCCUAACUA